AGUUUUAAGUUGAAUAUUGAAAGAACAAAAAGCAUGUAACAGUUAUAUUUAAAUUCCAUCACGAAUGUUUCAACUUGAAAAAUAGGUAUUAAAUAUUGCAAUGUUCGGUGUACAUUCAUUGCCAUGCAAUUUUACGGUAACAAAACAGUAAAAAAAUGUUUCUUGUGGCGAUAUCAAGACCGCAAAAUAUCAAAUUUUUGAAAAUUUAGAUACCUACCUAUUUUGCUGGUCAUCAUUCACUGGCCACCGUUUUGAGCAAAUACCUAUUACCCAUCUAGUCAUCAGCAAAACACCUUUUCUUCAAACCACCUGUUUUUGAGGAAGCUUUGAAUGACGUGUUGACAUCCAAGUCUUUGAAUAUUAUAGUCAACAUCGACUGAUUAUGUUGAAGAUCUUAACGUGGAUUGUAUUCAUUAUUCAGAUAAUAACUACACCAUGCUUCCCUUCCAUUCGAAGAGGAAUUCUGGCAAUUACUGGAAUAUCAACUUGUGGUCAAGGUGACGGUUACUGCUUAGUAGAUGUUGAUUGUUUAUCGGGCGAAGAUUUUUCACCAGAUCCCAUAGGACAUUGCGACAGGCUGAAAGCAAUAUAUUCAUCAUCGAGUUCCUUUUCUUGCUGUCGUUUAGUAUCGAACAAUGAAAGUAAAAUUGCAACAACAACGAAGCACGCAGACACAACUACCAUUACUGCGAUACGAUCUAGCAUGGUUGAAAAAAUUGAUAACUUGUCUAACGACGUAAAACAAGAGAAAUCGUUUCGUUUAAGUAACGGUUUAAGCGAUUUAACGCGACAGGAUGCAUCGUUUUCCGCCAAAAAUAUUCAUUAUGAACUCGAACUUGAGUCCUACGACAAUGACACCGCAUUCGUCGAGAAUAAUGCUCGAAUGCUAAAACCUUCAGACGUUAUGAAGUCAUCAAUAACACCGAUGAUGAUAUUGAGUAAUAUGAACGAUUCUAACGGUAAUAUUAGCGAGCAUCGUAGAAUGAUAUGGUCUGACGACGAAGAUUCGCAGACUAAUAACAAAAUGACAUCAUCUUUAAAUACCUCUAAUAACCAUUCUAUUUGCAUCGGGCUUGGGCAAAUUGUAGUCCCAGCAGACAUGAAGAAUAAAAAUUUGAACUCAUCUGACGAACGUUUAUUAAAUUAUGGCAAAGAUGAGCCGGAUACGUGUUUGAAUAUUACCAGUAGCUUUCAGAAUGAUAAAAAAUGCGUCAAUGUUUGGAAGUUCAUCAAUGCUAAGGGAGUUCUUUUGUGUUUUGGAGCAUUACUAAAUCCCGUAUGGUUGAUAACUUCAGCUUCGUGUGUCACAAAGAUUUUCAAAGAAACUCUCGACUCGGUGCUCGUAACUAAUACGAAAGAGAAAAAUAGAGUGUAUGGAAUAUCAAAUGUCAUUGUUCAUGAAAACUACGCCAUGCACGAAAGAGCUGAUGCGAAUAAUAUAGGAUUAGUGAGUCUGAAUAAAUUCGUGACAGGAGGAUGUUUUGGUUGCUUGCCUAUUCAAGACUCGACUCAUUUGGAUAAAAUCUGUUCCAUUUACGAAGAUCAUGGAAAUUCAAGUAAUGAAAAAAAAUUAAUACCAAAGUGCCAAGACAAACUAAAAGCCUUAAGUAUCGAUUCAAAAAUGUAUUUAUCGGUGUUUUGCUCGUCGCAGAGAGAAUCUGUCAACAUGAAAACUAGAUCCGGGAAUGUUUGGUGCAAUAAUACGUUGGUAGGUAUUGAAACAGCGAAAAACCAGGAAGACUUUCGAAUUUUCACCCCAAUUAAUGAAUUUUCUGAUUGGAUUUUGCGAAAUAUACAAUUGUACUCGUGAUAA